AUGGGCUUCAGCAUUGGCUCCGUAUUCAAGUACCUUUUCUACACCGUCGUAGGCUACGUCCUUGUCGGCUCGCCUCUCCUACGAAUCUUCCUCAACGAACGGCCGUCACAGCCAGACCUUGCCGAAGCCUUUGCCCGGAGCGACCGUCUCGUCAUCCCGGACGAGAACCUAGUCUGCCCAGACCAUGGCUACAACGUCCGCGUCCUCAGCCGCGAGCCGCUCGUCAUCUACAUCCCCGGCUUCCUGAGCGCCGAAGAGGCCAAGCACAUGGUUGCCAUCAGCGAGGACAAGUUCAAGCCGUCGACCGUGUGGACUGGCGAGGAAGAACGCCUUGAUCCGAGCGUGCGCGUGUCUGAGAAGGCCGAGAUAGACCGCGACGAGGUAGUGCAGUGCAUCGAAGAGCGGGCCCGGCUCUUCCAGGGCUGGCGUCCGUUUACCUUUAUCGAAAAGCUCUGGACUCAGCGCUACGGACCCGGCGGCCACUAUGUCCACCACUUCGACGGGCCAACCAACAUUGCCCGAGGCGGUCGGAUCUCCAGUUUCAUGGUCUACCUGGACGGCAACUGCACCGGCGGCGGCACCAACUUCCCCCGCCUGGAGAUGCCGUCUGGCCGGCAGUGGUGCGAGUUUCUUGACUGCAACGACCACGAGUCCGAGGGCAUCACGUUCAAGCCCAUUGCCGGCAACGCCGUGUACUGGGAGAACUUCCGGCCGGACGGGUCGGGGUACGAGGAGGCGUGGCAUGCCGGGCUUCCGGUGCGGACGGGCACCAAGAUUGGCCUGAACAUCUGGAGCUGGUACCAGCCCGGGUACGACCCGAAGUCCGUCGCGGACAAUGCUGGCGGCGAGCAGCCACCCGACAGAGCUGAGCUGUGA